CAGGGGCCGCCCCCGCCCGACUGCGCGGCCCGGGCGCGCCCAGCUCAGGUGAGUGAGUCACUCUGGAAACGCGGUGUCUUCCUGCCAGGCCUGAGUCAGGGGGAGGCGCGCUUAAAACCAGCUGAGGGCGCGCGGAGGGAGCGCCGCCGAGGGAGCGCCGAGCCCACGGCCAUGCCCGCGCUCUGGCUGCGCUGCUGCCUGUGCCUCGCGCUGCUGCCCGCUGCCCGCGCCGCGUCCGGGAGCGCAGUGUGUGACUGCAAUGGCAAAUCCCAGCAGUGCACCUUCGACCAGGAGCUUUUCCGGCAGACGGGCAGUGGCUUCCGCUGUCUCCGUUGCGAGGACAACACGGAUGGCGCCCACUGUGAGAAGUGCAAGGAGGGCUUCCACCGGCCCCGAGGUCGGGAUCGCUGCCUGCCCUGCGACUGCAGCCCCACAGGUUCUCUUAGCACACAGUGCGACACCUCUGGCCACUGCAGCUGCAAGCCAGGGGUGACGGGCGACAAGUGUGACCGCUGCCAGCCUGGCUUCCACUCGCUCACCAGUUCCGGCUGCAGCCAGGACCGGGGAACACGGAGCCCACAGUGUGACUGUGACCCUGCUGGCGUGGUGAAGCCCUGUGAGGCGGGCCGCUGUGCCUGCAAGACAGCCGUCACUGGAGAGCGUUGUGACAGGUGUCGGCCCGGUCACUACUACCUGGAGCAGGACAACCCCGAGGGCUGCACCCCAUGCUUCUGCUAUGGGCACUCAGACAACUGUCGCAGCGCCACCCAGUACAGCGUGCACCGGGUCGCCUCCACCUUCCCCCGAGAUGCGGACGGCUGGAGGGCCGUGCAGCGGAACGGGGCCCCAGCGAGGCUCCAGUGGUCGCCACACCACCACGACGUGUUCAGUUCCGCCCGGCGGGCUGAGCCUGUGUAUUUCGUGGCCCCUGCCAAGUUCCUUGGGAACCAGCAGCUGAGCUACGGUCAGAGGCUGUCCUUCGACUACCGUGUGGACCGGGGAGGCCGGCAGCCAUCUGCUCACGACGUGGUCCUGGAAGGCGCCGGCCUGCGGGUCUCGGCCCCCCUGGCACCGCGCGGCAAGAUGCUGCCUUGUGGGGUCUCCAAGACUUACACAUUCCGGUUGAGCGAGCACCCAAGCAGCCACUGGAGCCCCCAGCUGAGCUUCUUGGAGUACAGGCGGCUGCUGCGGAACCUCACGGCACUCCGGAUCCGAGCCACAUACGGAGAAUACAGCACUGGGUACCUGGACAACGUGACCAUGAUCUCAGCCCGCCCCGUGCCCGGGGCCCCUGCGCCCUGGGUGGAAGAGUGUGUGUGCCCAGCUGGGUACCGUGGCCAGUUCUGUCAGGACUGUGCCUCUGGCUACAAGAGAGACGCUGCAGGGCUGGGGCCCUUCGGCGCCUGUGUGCCUUGCAACUGCCAAGGCGGGGCCUGCGAUCCUGACACAGGAGACUGCUACGCAGGGGACGAGAACCCUGGCAUCCAGUGUGCCGACUGCCCUGCAGGCUUCUACAAUGACCCCCAGGACCCUCGGGGCUGCAAGCCAUGCCCGUGCGGCGAGGGGCUUGGCUGCUCGGUGGUGCCCGAGACCGAGGAGGUGGUGUGCAGCAGCUGCCCUCUGGGGGCCAUGGGAGCCCGCUGUGAGUCCUGUGCUGAUGGCUAUUUUGGGGACCCCUUGGGGGAACACGGCCCCGUGAGGCCUUGCCAGCCAUGCCAGUGCAACAACAACAUAGACCCCAGGGCCUCUGGGAACUGUGAUCACGUGACGGGCAGGUGUCUGAAGUGCAUCCACAACACGGCUGGUGCCCACUGCGACCAGUGCCCAGCGGGUUACUUCGGGGACCCACUGGCUCCACACGUAGAGGACAAGUGUCGAGCUUGUAACUGCAACCCUGCGGGCUCAGAGAACAGGCAGUGUCGCCGGGACGGCAGCUGUAUCUGCAAGCCAGGGUUCAGCGGCCCCAGCUGUGAGCGGGAAGUCCAGGCCACAGUGCCCACCAGCUGCCCAGCCUGCUACCAGCAGGUGCACUCUCAGCUGGACCUGCUCACAGAGCAGCUCCGGAACCUGGAGGCCCUGGUUUCCAAGGCCCAGGGCAGCGCGGUGCCUGACUCGGAGCUGGAGGGUCGCCUGCAGCAGGCCGAGCGGGCCCUGCAGGACAUCCUACAAGAGGCCCAGGUCUCCCAAGAUGCUGGCAGAGCCCUUGGGUUCCAGUUGGCCAAGGCAAGGAGCCAAGAGAAUAACUUCCGGGCGCGGCUGGCUGAGCUCAGGCGCACGGCCGAGAGCCUGCUGGCCCUGGGUGGGCCACACCUGCGCCAGGCGCAGGACACCCGCCGACUGCUCACCCAGACGCGCCUGCACCUGGAGGAGAGCGACGCGUCACUGCAGAACAUUCAAGUGCCCUUGUCCUCGGAGCACGGUGUGGGCCCCGGCAGCUUCAGAAGUCUGGCCCAGGAGGCCAUGAGGCUGGCAAACAGCCACGUUGACUCGGCCGGCAGCAUGGAGCAGCUGGCCAGGGAGACCGAGGACCUGACCAAGCAGGUGCUGUCGCUGACACGCAGAACUCCGGGCACAGGCGGCGGGGAUGGUGGCCCAGAUGGCUCCCUGGUGCCGGGCCUGGUGGGCAAGCUGGAACACACCCGGUCCCUGGCCCGACAGCUGUCGGGGGAGGCUGCACAGGCAGACGGAGCAGCCAAUUCCGCUCUGCAGCGUGGCCUGCACCUACAGGACUCCGUGGCUCAGCUCCAGCUGCAGCGGGUUGACGUCCAGGUCUUGGAGGCAGAGGCCAAAAGGGCCAGGGCGGCGGCUGAGACGCUGUCCAGCCGGGUGACACAGCGCCUGGACGCCCUCACGCAUGCGCACAGUCGUCUGGCAAGCUGGGAGGAGGAGGCCCAGCAACUCCUGCAGACUGGACAGGAUGCAAGACAGAUGUCAGAGCAGCUGCUUUCCCGUGCCAGCCUGGCUAGGAGCCGCGCCCAGGACGCGUUCAGCAUGGGCAAUGCCACCUUCUAUGAAGUGGACAGCGUCCUGCAAAGCCUCCAAGAGUUUGACCUGCAGGUUGGAGACAGAAGAGCAGAGGCCGAGGAGGCUAUGAGGAGACUGUCCUCCAUCAGCCAGAAGGUCGCGGCAAGCAGCGCCAGGACCAGGCAGGCCGAGGCAGCCAUGGGGAGUGCUGCUGCUGACGCCCAGCGGGCCAGGAGCGCAGCUGCAGAGGUGCAGCAGAUUGCGCGUGGGAUUGAGCAGGACAUUGGGAGUCUGAACUUGGAAGCCAACGGGACAGCAGAUGGGGCCUUGGCCCUGGAAAAGGGACUGGCAACACUGAAGAGUGACCUGCGGGAGCUGCAAGGAGAGCUGGCCAGCAAAGGGCUGGAGCUGGACUCGGACAUGGACACUGUGCAGGCGGUGGCUGUAGAGGCUCAGCGAGUUGGAGCUGGAGCAGAGAGUGCGGGUGCUGCAGUGCAGGGCACGCUGAGCGUGCUGGACAGUGUCCUGCAGCUUCUAGACCAGCCCGGCAGCGUGGACGAGGCGCGGCUGACCUCGCUGGAGCAGGAGCUGUCCCGAGCCAGGACACAGAUUCGCAGCCAGCUGCGGCCCCUGAUGGCAGAGCUGGAAGACCGGGUGCGGCGGCAGCGGGGCCACCUGGGUCUGCUGGAGAGCGACAUCGCAUCCGUGCUGGCCGAUGUGAGGAACCUGGAGAGCGUGCGGGACACCCUGCCGCCCGGCUGCUACAACACCCAGGCCCUGGAGCAGCAGUGAGG